ACAGUGUGCAAGAGAUCCUGCCGUUACUCAGGUAAAAAACCGAGAGGAGAUGCAGCAAACUACUUCAGGACUCGUGUAAUUAAGCCCCACUCACAUCAAGAUAAAAUAUUGUGAACUGGGUGUCAUUGGAUAAAUACAAGGGAAGGUGAAGAAGUAACAAAAAGCAGGAGCUAUGCUUUUACACGGUCCUAAUCCAAAGCCAGGGGACGUGAUUGAAUUUCAACUCUACGGUUACCAACACUGGGGUAUAUGUGUUGGAAAUGGAGAGAUUGUACAUUUAACAGAUCAAGAUGGUUGGUCCAGUUUAUCCUCCCCUUUUGGAGAGACAGCCGUGGUGAAAAAAGAACCUUUGGAGCGAGUUGCAGCUGACUGCAUCUAUAAGGUCAAUAACAAGUAUGACACAAAGAGAAGACCCUACCCACCAACAAAAAUAGUACGAGCAGCUUUGGAGCAAGUGGGGAAGAGGUUGCAGUACAGAGUCACCAGUGCUAUCUGUGAGCACUUUGUGACAGAACUGAGAUAUGGCGACUACUUCUCUGAUCAGGGUCUGGAACCAAGGCCAGGGGACUUGAUUGAAUUUCAACACUUCCUCGGUUACCAACACUGGGGUAUAUAUGUUGGAAAUGGAGAGAUUGUUCAUUUAACAGGUUGGUCUGGUAUAUCCUCCGCAUUUGGAGAGACAGCCGUGGUGGAAAUAGAACGUUUGGAGCGAGUUGCCCCUGUCUGCACUUAUAAGGUCAAUAACAAGUAUGACAAAAAGAGAAGACCCGAUCCACCAGCAGAAAUAGUGCGAGCAGCUUUGGAGCAAGUGGGGAAGAGGUUGCAGUACAGAGUCACCAGUGCUAACUGUGAGCACUUUGUGACAGAACUGAGAUAUGGCUACUGCUUCUAUGAUCAGGGUCCUAAUCCAAAGCCAGGGGACAUGAUUGAAUUUCAACGCUACGGUUACCAACACUGGGGUAUAUAUGUUGGAAAUGGAGAAAUUGUACAUUUAACAGAUCAAAAUGGUUGGUCCAGUUUAUCCUCCCCUUUUGGAGAGACAGCCGUGGUGAAAAAAGACAGUUUGGAGCGAAUUGCCGCUGACUGCACCUAUAAGGUCAAUAACAAGUAUGACACAAAGAUAAGCCCCUACCCACCAACAGAAAUAGUACGAGCAGCUUUGGAACGAGUGGGGAUGAGGUUGCAGUACAGCAUCAUCAGUGCCAACUGUGAGCACUUUGUGACAGAGCUGAGAUACGGCAUUGGCUCCUCUGAUCAGAUACUUAUGACCUUGGCGGCUGUCUCAGAGGAAAUGGCAGUGACUGCAGCUAAAGGAGUCAAACUCAUUGGCACAGGUGUAAGCUUAAGUUCUGGACUUGUGGGGUCAGUGGCAGCCAAGGGAGUUGACCUUACAGGUCAGGGAAUGAUGGGAAUGUCCAGCGUAUUGGGCUCAGCUGCUGGUAGGGGCCUAGCUGCAUUUGGGAACAUGCUUUUUGCAGGUGCACAAAUACUGGCUCCCAUAGUAGCUGCCAGAGUAGAUGAAGUAUCUCCUGGGUCUGGUACCACGGUGAUGAAUGCAGCUGGAUGUGUAGCUCCAUGGGCAAAGUCCUUAGCUGCACGAUCUGGAGAUGCAGAGGAAGCCACAGCUCGUAGUGUUAGGCAGUUGGGAUCUUCUAUCUCUUCAGGUUCAACAGCUGUAGGGUCAGCAGUGUCCACUGGAUUGUCUUUGUUAGGGUCAGUAUCAGCUGCUGGAGCCUCUAGUCUUAUUGGGUAUCUCCGGCCAGAAACAGAGUUGACAACUGCAGAGCAUGGGGCACAGUAUUUCUGGUGAUCAGGAGAAACUAGAUUCUAAUGUACAGAAAUAAUGAUGUGUGGCUGUUCUUUCAUCAUGUGUAAUCAGAAUGUGUUUCCACAUGUUAUACUGAUUGUAAUAACAUUAAUACAGAACCAUUGUGUAUAAAAUAAAUAUCUCUGGCACAAUUA